GCGCAUGCGUACACUACCCCUUUUCGGCGAGAGAGAUAAACAUGGCGCGGGGCCCCAAAAAACACCUGAAGCGUUUCAACGCUCCGAACCACUGGAUGUUGGACAAGCUCUCGGGCCGAUACGCGCCGAGGCCGUCUACCGGACCGCACAAGUUGCGAGAAUGCAUCCCGCUGGUCGUGUUUCUUCGGAACCGCCUCAAGUACGCGCUGACGGCGGACGAGGUGAAGAAGAUAGUGAAGCAACGGCUCAUCAAGGUAGACGGGAAGGUGCGGACGGACCCCACUUACCCUGCAGGAUUCAUGGAUGUAGUGACAAUCGAUAAGACGGGAGAGAAUUUCCGACUCCUGUACGACGUGAAGGGAAGGUUUACAGUCCACAGAAUCAUGACCGAAGAAGCAAAAUACAAGCUGGGGAAGGUUAAGAGAGUGGCUCUGGGCCAAAAGGGGGUCCCUUACUGCGUCACCCAUGAUGGACGCACCAUCCGCUACCCGGACCCCGCCAUCAAGGUCAACGACGCCGUUCGAAUCGACAUUGCGAGCGGGAAAAUCACCGACCACAUCAAAUUCGACGUGGGGAACCUGUGUAUGGUCACGGGGGGCAGGAAUUUGGGUCGUGUGGGGGUCAUAACGAAUCGCGAGCGUCACCACGGGUCCUUCGAUAUCAUCCAUGUGAAGGACAGCCUCGGGCACACCUUUGCAACACGAUUCACAAAUGUCUUUGUAUUGGUAAGGGAAAUCGAUCCAUGGUGUCGCUACCCAAAACAGAAAGGAGUGAGGCUGAGCAUCGCCGAGGAGAGAGACCGGAGAAUCGAGGCAAAACAGGUUGCAUAAACCGGUUUAACUGGACAUCCCAGCAAACAAAUACCCCAUGGACCUACGAUUGCGUUCUGUACAUAUUAUGUAUUAUGACGGUUGACGGUGUAAAUUGAUUAAUUUCUAGGAUUUUAUUCCAUGAGAUAAUGAAAAUGAUUUGCGCAUGCAUUGAUGUGUGCACAUUGACUUCUAAGUUGAAAGUGAAUGACUAAGAAUUAUGUUGUCAAGGAGGGGGUGUGGCUAAGGGUUGUCAUGGUGAUCAGAGGUAGGGUCGGAUUUGACUCCUCUGCUUUUCUCUGUUGCUGCUCUGCCCUCUCCCUCUCACGAAGCACCUGUGACUCGCAGAGAGCUCGCAGCUGCUCCUCGAGCUCCUUGUUCCUCUGUCUCAGCCUCUCGACCGAGUCUCUCUGCGUCUGUUCUAUCUUCAGUCGGUCUUCGGCUCUGUCUCUCUCCACUUCCAACAUCUGGGGGAGUGGAGGGAUGGGGGGAGUAGAAUGAGGUAUAUACACAGUAGUUAGUUAGUCGAGGAAGAAGUGACCGAUUAGGGGAGAGGGGGA